CGCUAGUGUAUGUGCAUAGUUAGUGAACUAUUAUCCUGCCAUCUUUAUUGUAUGUAUGUGUGUAUCAAGCCUCCGGACCAAUGUCGGAAGACCCGAGGACCAGAAAUACGCCAUGCGUAUCAUCCACACUUCUUAUCUUUAAGGAUUGGCUAUUCGAGAUGCGGUUAGACGCAAAGGGGGACUUCGCCGGGGAGAGAACCGGCUAUAUUUCUAGGUUAUGUAUGAGCAUGUAUGUAGUAAUGUGAGCGAGCGAGUGAGUGCGUGAGCGAGCGUAAACACGGCGCAGCAGCGAUCCUUCGGCUUAAAACAAACGGGUGGCCCGGAACUUCGCUCGCGCUGGAGACGAGGCCGGCCUAAGGCCGCUGUUUUUGACAAUUCCCGACACGUACGUAGUCACGACGACGAUGAUGAAGAUGAUGAUGAUGACGAGGUGAUGAGAGGGUAAGCCGUGUUGAGCAUUAAUGGUUGCUACCUCUGAUAUAUACAUGGAGAGCUCAUCGACGGCUCGAAUAUGUCAACUGACAAUACUGCGGAGCUCGUCCGCCUCAUGACAGCGUAUGAUAAUUCUCACGAACCGAGACCGCUGCUCAAUCACCGAGCUGCCGUCUAUGGCUUGAUAAUUCCUUUUAUGGUCGUCUCCUAUAUCUGCGUGAUACUUAGAAUAUACACACGCAUCAAGCUACGGUGUUUAGGCUGGGACGAUCUAUUCGUGGUGCUCUUCAGGAUAUCAGCUACCGUUGGCUCGAUAUUCUUGUGUCUUUCGCUGAACGAUGGGUUCGGCGAGCACAUCAUAACAAUCGGAUACGACAAAAUAGUCGCGUUCCAAAAGAAAUUCUACGUCUGCCUAGCAACAUACACCAUCUCAGCCACCCUCGUAAAGCUGUGUCUCCUAUCGCAGUACCUCCGGAUCUUCGAGGCCGGGUCCCGCGCGCGAACCGUCUGCUGGAUCGGGCUCGCCGUCGCCGGGACCUGGGGCACCGGCUUCUCCUUCUGCGCCCUGUUUCCCUGCUUCCCCGUCUCCGGGUUCUGGAACUGGAACUCGCCGGCCCACUGCUACGGCUUCGGCUCCAAGGUCCCCGAGGAGAUAGCCGGCAUGUUUGCCGGCCACACGGGGUCGAAUGCCGUUCUGGAUGCCUUGGUGCUGGCUAUUUCCGUCCCGCUGUACUUCCGGAAGUCGACGGCGUGGAAGCAGCGGCUGGGCAUCGGGAUUCUCUUGGUUCUGGGCCUUGUCGUAAACCUCCUCAGCAUAUGGCGUCUCCAGACCAUCGUCGCCAACAAAGCCGGGACGUACCCCGUCCUAGACCCGACCUGGUACGGGCCCAAGAGCAUCAUCCUCGCCGCCCUCGAAGUCGACCUAGCCAGCAUAUGCGCAUCCAUCCCCACCUUCUGGCCCGCCCUCACCCACGCCCUCCUCAACAACAUCUUCAUCACGCAAGAAGUCCACGUAACGCACCAACACCGCCGCCUCUCCUCCGCCUCCUCGACCUCGUCCCCGCAUUUCGACCUGCAGCUUUCGUCCCUGGAGCACGGCCGCCAGGACAGCAAGACCUACGACCGCCAUUACCGCGACGACUUCGUGCUGAACAGGGUCGUCCCGGCGAAUAUGAACAUGGCCGAAGACGAUAAAGAUACGGACAAGGGCGCGGAGGCCUACAGCGGGUCCCAGGUCCAGUCUGAGGGACGCCGCGGGUUUAAACGCGAAUGCGACCGUUUAAAGCUGGUCGCCGUGGAGUGUGAAAAUAGCAUUGGGAAAGGUGACAAUAUUAAAACAAAGAAAAUAGUGUCUCAGUAGAGGAACUAACCAAUGGCUUGAGGGAAGUCUGGGUUCUAGGAUGGGGAUAAACGUUAGCCGCAUUGUUGUUUUGAUGAUACCCUUAAAUUUACUGUUUAAUGAGUCUGAUAUACGUGGACUCUCUAAUAUACCUCCGUAUAAGGCUAUAAAGGUGUCCAUAGCGAAUGUCUCAUCACUGGCAAAGUUAGUA